AACAUUAGUUCCUGCCGCCGGAACGUGUUUCUAUCCUUUAUCUUGCUGUUCUUCUGAAACCAUUAACUGUAUUAUGAUCAGCUGCAUCCGUUCAAAAGACGACAGAUUAGACGGUGCAAGCGGACAGGCUGAUGUCAAAGAAUUUCUUUUUGUGACUGCAAGCUGCAAGUCUUUCUUAACUCUGCUUUAAUGAAACAUUUGUUUUAGUUGACUGAAAUAUUCUGAAUACUGUUCCCUGAGAAAACUGAGCUUCUUAAUUCACGGAUUCCUCUUUGUUGCCGUACAAAGGUUGAAAAAAAAAAUGGCAUUUCUACAUCUGUCUUCACUUUUCAUCGCUGCAUGGAUUCUUUGCUUAAUAGUGGCGGCAUCUGGUGACCAAAUUCCAAAUGAAAUCAUAAAUUCUCAUGCAUUAUUUAGCGAAAGCAUACCAAAACAGUUAAAGGCAAUGCACAGACAAUCGAAGACCCUCAGCUUUGUUGACGUUAUUAUGUAUGGACUGGCCGGCAUUCCAGUCUAUAAAGCUGUUGGUUUCUUACUGCCAUUUUUGAAAGCUAAAAGACCUCAAGUUAAAGACGACCCGGGUCGAGUCUUAAAUCGUCAUCAUCGAGGUAAACGAGAUUUGGCAUACGCUCAGCAGCUGUUGAAUCUUUUAAUAUCUGUUGAAGUUGCUUUGGAAAAAUACGGAAUUACUGAGCCUCAAUGUCAACUAAGAGCAACUUGUGAGAUCCACAGAAAAAGUGCGAAUGAAAUUAGCUCAGGACUUUUUGAGAGAAAUUUCAUUAAGCUUGUUGGAGAGAUGCGACGAGAAAUCCAAAAUCCAAGGGUGGUUCCACUAGCCAAGUACGUGUUUGAAUAUUAUGAAGAAGCUGCAAUUCGGGGAGAGCAGCAAUGCAACUGCGGAGAAAUGUACCCCAGGUGCUUGUACUCUCUGGACUAUUUCAUGAAGCGAACGAAGGGAAAAAGAACGCAGGGGCAAAGCACGAAAUGGAAAACCUACUGAUAUAAAAACGGGCUUUUAUAACCCAACGCAAAACUGGACGUUUUUAACUUUAUUUCAUAUCAUCUGUCUAUCGUCGAACACAUUUUUAAGAAGUUCGUGUCUACACGACAGCUUAAUUUAAAUUUUCUAAAACUCUCUCAAGUUAGGAGCAAUUUUCACGUAGGAUGCACGUAAUGAACACCACGUAUAUAAGUAAAUGAUCAAAAGCGAAUUUUGACUUAGGUAAGAAAAAUUGCCUUUAGAAUUAUAUUGACUAUAUUCUUAAUAUUCAAAUAUUAAUCCUUUCUCCACUUAGCUUUCCCGUUAUCUGUUUGAAUUUAGUGAAUGAAUCUGUUUGAAUAUAGUCGUAUUUAUUUCAUUUAAGGGCUUAUAAGCAUUUAGGAAAUAUUUUGUUCCAAAACUGGAACACUUUCAAUUAUAUAACGUUGUGGCGCUCAUGUUAUUUUAAUUCAGUUAAUGUAUUUCGGAAGUAAAUUAACCAAAAUUCUUUCCCUCGAAAUUGCUUCGAUGCAGACAGGCGCAUUUGCCAAAUUUUUUAGAAUUCAAAAGGAUUUUGCGAUCUGAUAUCAGGGUUAUGUUCCCUAAAUAUGCCAUUUUUGUGUGUUGUUGUGUUUAUUUAUUUAUUAACUUAUUCUUAUUUUACAUGGUUUUUUUUAUUGUAAAUAAAUAUUUUUACUAAUUUUAAUGAA